AUGGGCAUCCUUGGAAUCACUCAUUCCUUUAGGUCAGGCUCACAUGCAGACCCUUCAUUGGCUGUUACGGAAACAGUUGCACAGAUGUACAGACUGUUGGUUUCCAGUGUACUGGAUCUCAGCUGGUGGUUGAAUAGGGUGGUUGAAUCUGUAGUUGGAGAGAGUCACAAGAUUACAAUCACUAUACUGUUGACUUCAAGAGCUGUGAGGUCGUGGGGUUUGGAAAUUCAGAAGGGUGUUUAUGACAUGCUGCUAUUAUUAAUGGAUCUUGUGGCUGCACGACUGAAACAUGAACCUGUCCCUGAUCGGCUGUUAUCAUAUGUCCUGGCUAUGGAACCAUGUGGAUGGUUAGUGGAUAUAAUAAAUAGGUUUGGUCAACAUGGAGGUUUUACAGAGAUCCAAAAUCAUUUUCAGAGCCCAACCUUAAAUGGCAUGGGCAUGGCAGCUCUACUUAUGCCAUUAUCCAAGUGUGUUGAGUACCUGAACACAAGUAAGGUCUGCCCAUUCCUGUCACCCUGUAUGGACCGGAGUGUUGAGUAUAUCAAAAGUCUCAGUGAUAGUGAUCUAAAAAAUAAGAACAUUGGUUCCAUAUCUGAGCUUAUUAAAGCAAUGAGGAUUCUUUGUCUUCAUUUGUGGCCACACCAAAACCAGGUGGAACUAAUGAAUCAGUUACAGCUUGAUAUAAUUCUUCGGAUGCUGAGAUGUCCACAUUUUAAUGCCAAGAUGAAUGGGUUAAAGGAGUUAACAAAACUGAUUGAGGACACUAGUGUUGUGCGUUCUACAAAGAUAGCUAUCAAUUCGGACAAGUUAUUGAACUGGCUUGCCGAGAACAAAGUGCUUUCUAUAGCUCUAGAAGGAAACAUUGACCACGUGCAAUAUACCGACAAGAUUAAAGGAAUCAUAGAGUUUACUGGACCCAAGUUAUCCCUUGAAGAACUCAGUAAGAUAUGGCAGAUGCAAGAGGGCCAGAAUAUGCACAUAGUGGACAAUAUUCACACCAUUAUGGCAGCUGCAUCAGCAAAGUUUAAUGUUCAGCAGUUUGAUCAUCUUCUCUCUCUUGUUCAGAAGGGCUGGCAUGGUGGCAGUGACCAGAUGAGAAAGAGACUCAUUUCGUUUAUUGGAAAGAUUGGGAAAGAAACAAGUCAAGGAAAGACAUCUACAAAGAUACAGGUUCUAGAUGUUUUGUGGGAGUUAACAAGGUCUCCAGAUUUACCCAGACAUCUAAUAGAACAGGCACAAGAAGAGCUUCUCAAUAUUUUGAAUGAAAUUUCGCAUAAAGAUCAAACAAAAAAAAAUUACUUGAUUCGUUGCUUGGAUGACAUUAAAAAGGGUGCUUAUGUUAUGUUAUCCCUCAAACUUUUACAUGAAAUAAGUCAGAAUAUAUUGAAGUCAGGUCUCUAUAAACAAGAUAAGGCUGUUAUCCAUGACAUGAACAAAACUCAUGAUGUUGUGAAGCUGGUAACCAGUAGUUUGUCUCGCUGUCAUAAACAGUCUGUUGCUAUUGCAGGAGGUAAACCACUAAAUCCCAACAUGUUAGUGGAUGGUAGAUACACACAUGAAGAGUGUGUGUUAAGCCAUCUAAGUUUCCUGCAGUUUUUACUUCAAGAUGGAAGCCAAUACCUACCAUGGAGUCGAAGUAAAGAACUAUGGGACACGUUGGUCUCAAACUCUGAGUCAUGUGAAGUUGACAGAGAGAUUUGCUAUGAAUGGUUCACCCAAUGUCUUCAAGACUUAGAAACUGACACUCAGUCUCAAUUGUUCCAACAGAAAUUGCUGAAACUUGACUCUUCUCAGCUCUCAUCAAAAGGAUUUAGAUGUUUCAAAACUUACUUUGAAAGUGUCAAUAUAGCAGAGCACAAGCUAAGGAGAUCUGUAACAGAUGUGAUUGUAGAAAAGUUGGACCUCACAGGAGUGGACUUUCUUUGGCAAAUUGCUCUGGCUUCACCAUGGGAAGAUAUAGCUGAGAUGGCUAUUGAUAACUUGAUGAAAACAUCUUAUCAUUCAGUAUCUGCAAAACUAAAAAAGGAUCCAGAGUCACUUCAUUUGAAAUUCAUUAAUGACUGCUAUGGUCGUUUAGAGUCAGAAGUAUCUGCUGUUAGUGGAACAGCUAUGUCAACAGCUGUUUCGAAUGCAACCAAAACUCUGACAGCAAUGUCUGUGACUUCGGUGGCCUCUCUUACACUUCCCACGAGAACAGCCAGGCUCCAAAAUAUUCGUCGCCUUUUGCAACUUGCUAUCAGAUAUGUAUCUUCCAUAGAAGAGCUUCAUACUGCUCCUCGUAGCAUUUUACCACAUGGAGCAUUCUAUAUUGGGUAUCCAUUAUUUCUUCGAGUGGUUCUGGAGUCGGUAAAGGAUGAAAAGUCUUUUUCACUUCAGAGUCAUAGCAAUGAGACCUUGGGCUCAAUAAGGCAGAGAAUUAGCCAAAUGGUGAAACAAAUCCCUGAUCAGUUGCAGCUCUAUGUUGGAGAUAAUGUACUUGCUGUUACUAAGGAUCAGAAACUACUAGGUCAAUUAGAAAUAGAGGAAGGGCAAGUUAUUUCAGUGAAGUUCACAACAAGUUCUUCUGCAUCCUUAGUCAUUCAGGGAUCACAGGCAGUAAACUCUGCUGUUUCAGAGGAGGAUGAAGUAUUUGGGCCCGCUUCACUCCCAUCAACUUCCCAAAUAGCAACUGUUCCGACUGUCACAUUUAAUAGUGCUUCUGAAACUGGAGCAUUUGGAGGAUCUCCUUUCUCCAGCCACCGAAACUUUUUACUGGAGCAAGAAAAAAUGCUGCCUGGUGUGGUAAUGUCUCGAGGAGGACAGGUCUUUGAAAAACUGUAUCAGUUGGUAUUACUUGAAGACCAAAAGAUCACUCAGUGUGUGAAGAAUUUAUUACAGCUGAUUCCAACUAACCCAUCUGUUCUGGAUGCUUUUGAUUCCAUUGCUACAAAGAAAAUGACAGAUCUUCCUUCUCCUUCAGAAGUCAGUGGAAAGAAUAGUCCACGUGCUAGUCCAAAGAAGGCUCAUUCUUCUGCUCUUCGUGCUACUAAAGAAACAUUAAAAAACCUGUUAGAUGUAUCUGCACCAGACCUUACUCCUUUUAGAUUGUUAUAUAAUCUGGAGGUUUUAAGUGGUAGACUUAUCCCAACUACAUGUGAUGCAACAACUUUACAAAGUGCCCAAGUAUUCUGUGAGAAUUUCCUUCGAGAUGGUGGCCUUCGAUUAGUACUAAAUCUUUUACAGCCAGAUAGUUUGCUUCAAGAUGUGGAUUACUAUGUUAGACAAGGGUGUUACUUCAUUUCUGUUCAGAUAGCAAGAUACCUUCUAUGUGGACAUUCCAUCACAAGUUCAACAGAAUCUAGUCUUCCAGUAUCUGUUACCAAGCCGUCUACCCCCAAAAAAACAGUAGAAUUCUCUUUAGCUACUGCUCUUCCUGCAUCAUCAGUUGUGAUGGGAUUCAAAACAUCCGAGUCAAUCAGAGCCAUUCAGUUAAAAAACUAUCCCAAAAAACUGUUGGUGUUUGGAGACAGUUUGGAAGUCAUCAUAGAAUACAAACUGCACCUUCCAGCCCUCUUCACAAAAAUGUCCUGUGUGAAUGACUUCAUCAUUGAUAUGUUGCUGGGCUCUCCAAGCUGUGAGAUACGGUUACAAGCCCUAAAGCAGUUCCACAGACUUAGCCAAGUUCACAUUCCAACACUUAAGGAUGAAUCUUCCCCUCGUUACUUUCUAUUGCAUGUACUACUUCAAGCACAUCUUCCACUGUGGAUUUCAUCCAGUAGCACUCGAGGCACAAACCUAAGACUUCUCAGCCAAUGUCAAGAGUUUUUUGAGCUUUGUUGCAAACUUCUGAAUGGACUAAGUGCAACAGCACAACACACUCUUCACCUAAAUCCUGUACAGAGACUGGAUGAUGAAAUAUCUUGGCUACAGGUUUUCACACCAUCUGACACUACAAGUCUGAAAGCUGCAGAUAGUGCUCUAUUGGCUGGCCAUCUUAACUUUCUACGAACACUUCUCACUUGUGAAGGAAUUGUCAAAAAAGAUGUUGGUAAAAUCUUGAUUCCAGACAUCUUGAAUAAUUUCCUGUUUCCUGCAUCACAUUUAAUUAUUGACAGCACGAGUACAAACUUGACAAGCUCUGCCGCAUCAUCUAAUCCUAAAUGCAGCACGAUUGAAGCAAGAAGGGCUGCAUGUGAAGUUUUAGUGGAACUCUCUCAUGAUUGUUGGGAAAACAACGAACAGAUUGUCUCAUCUCUUAUUAAGAUGCAUCAUCACUUCAAGCCUGAACUAGCACGGGAAUAUGAGUAUGAACCACUGGUAGCUGGCCGAGCUGAUUCAGGGUACGUAGGUUUGAAGAAUGCUGGAGCAACUUGCUACAUGAACUCUGUAAUCCAACAGUUGUACAUGCAACCUGGUAUUCGGGAAGCUUUGCUAACUGUUGAAGAAGGGAGUCCAGAUGAAGAUAGUCUUUUUUACCAGAUUCAGACAGUCUUUGGUCAUUUGCUUGAAUCUCAGCUACAGUAUUAUAUCCCAGAAAGAUUUUGGAAAUGUUUCCGCCUUUGGGGCCAACCUGUCAAUGUAAGAGAGCAGCAGGAUGCAUUUGAGUUCUUUACACACCUUGUUGACCAACUGGAUGAACACUUAAAACAAAUUGGAAAGGACCCUUUAUUUAAAUUCUGUUAUGAAGGCCUGUUUUCAGAUCAGAAAAUUUGCCAAGGUUGUCCACAUAGGUACGAGAGAGAAGAGACGUUCAUGGCUCUUAACCUUCCCGUUAAAAGCCACAGUUUAUUGGACUCUCUUGAACAGUUUGUGAAAGGUGAACUUUUAGAAGGAGAUAAUGCUUAUUUUUGUGAAAAAUGUGGUGAAAAGAGAAACACUAUCAAAAGGACGUGCAUCAAAUCCUUUCCUCGCGUGCUAGUGAUUCAACUGAAGAGGUUUGAAUAUGACUGGGAAGCAAACCGUGCUAUAAAAUUUGAUGAUGUCUUUAAGUUUCCAUGGACGUUGAAUAUAACACCAUACACAGUAGAGGGAAUACAGGAAAGGGAUGUACUCAGCUCAUCCAUACAAAAAAAUGAAGAGGAACUGUCAUCACCAGCUACUAUAUCUAACUCUGCAGUGUAUGACUUGGUGGGAGUUGUAGUCCACAGUGGUCAAGCAAAUGCUGGACAUUAUUAUUCAUACAUCAAAGAGAGAAAGAACGACACUCUGGUAACCCAAGGUAAAUGGUUAAAGUUCAAUGACAUCACUGUGGAGGAAUUUGAGAUGACAGAAGAUAGUGUGGAGUGCGAGUGUUUUGGUGGAACUUACAAAGCAAAAGUGUCAGAUUCUGCAAGUUCCUAUCCUGAGAUUAGACAGCGGUACUGGAAUGCAUACAUGCUGUUUUAUGAACGAUUGGAAGAACAAGCAAAAACUCCACGAACACCAAGAAAAAUAUCAGGUCGUUUUUCAUUCAAGAAAAGUGAUUCUGCAAAUACAUGUAACAGAACACCAAGAAAAUCCACAGUUCCGUCAAGUAGUACAGCACGCCAAAGAGACAGUCUCAGUCAACUAACUCAUCUGGUGGACAAGGGUGAACGACAAGGGCUGUUCGUUGACAAGAUGCCAGCAUCCAUUCAGCAAAGUGUGAGAGAGGAAAACCUACGGUUUAUGCACAACUGUGAAGUAUACAAUGACCAAUACUUUUCCUUCAUUCAGCAUCUCGUUGAUAUUAAUCUGGGCACUGUUUUUUCUGGGGUAGAUGAUGAUUGUGCUGUCAUGAAUGAAUGGGUAAAUCGUGUUGAAACCAUAGUUAGCAUCUGUAAGGAAGCUGCAUUUUGGAUGCUUGAUUUUCUUUCUAGUGAUCAAGGCAUUAGCUACCUCAGACCUCAUCUUUUAGAAUGUCCUUUAAGAGAAGUAAGACAAGUGAUGGCCAGUAUUCUAGAGAAAGCUAUUGUUAGUUUUUUCCAUCAUGGAGGGACGACUACAUCUCACAGUUUGAAUAAAGUGAUAGUACACUUAGUGAGUUUAUUGAACCAAGGAGUUCCAGACAAUUGUCGCAGCUGUUCACAGUAUUUCAGGCUGUUUAGCUCAUAUUCUCAGAUGAGCAUCAGUGCAUGUUCUCAUCUUUUUGAAUGUGGUUUCUUCAAGAAAUCUCUUGUUUUUGUGCUUGGUGUUUCAGGAGCAGACAUGGAAUCAGUUGAAUCAACUCCACGACGUUGGAGCUCAGCUCAAGUAAGAGAUUUUGGUCCUUUGUAUGAAACUUUAGCAACUCUGGUGCUAGCUUGUGAUUUGACACCCUACAGAACAUGUGGCAUAGAGAAAUUCCCUGUUGGGCUUAGGAGUACUAUACCCAUGCCGGAGGAAGUGAAGUUAACUCUUUAUGGACCAGGAUCUUAUCGGUUUAUUCGAGAGUUUGUUAGUGCAUCAAGAGAAGUGUCGGGGUCAGUUUCAACAGUUGUAGAGAUGUUUGUCCAGUGUAGCCUUUACAAUGAGAACUUCACCUCAGCUAUUAUCUAUGAAGUUGUGACUCAGUAUUCCUCAGUGCCUUCGAAUGAGUUGAAAAACCUUUCUCAUCUCAUGCUGGAGUUGCUGUUGUUAGACGAUUCUCUUCAGUAUAAACGAAUUGAGCACGUGAUAGAUGGUUGGGUGGAUACAAAAGGUGUGCAUGUUGAUGGAAUGAUAGAUAUUAUUCGAUCCAACCAAACCAAUGACAGUCGGCGUUCUUAUCAAGGUGUAAAAUAUUUAGUAAGCCUUGCCCAUAAGUGUGCCUUAGCAAAAGAGUAUUUACUUCAGGCUCCUACUAAGUGGCAGUGGGCAGUAAACUGGUUAAAACAGAUGAUGUCAGAGCAUGGUGGUUGGGCAGUUCAGAGUAAUAUCCCACAGUCUAACGAAGACUCCAAUACCAAGACUUUUCAGAGGACAGUAAGUGCUCAGGAUACUUUAGCUGAAGCCACAGCUCUGCUAGUGGAAGUGGAAUCCCCAGACACUCAGGAUGUGGUGAUGGAUGAUUAUGAUGGACUUCAGAUGAAAAUCACAGAAGAAGAAGAAAAGGAUAGUAAUAAUGGUUUAAAGAGAGUGCCUGGAAUGGACUAUUUAGAUGCCAUAGACCACUAACUGGAACUGUUCUGUUUAAUUAUUAGGGCUUAAUGAGACUGUAUUUUGUCAGUUUAUUACAGGACUACAGGUGCCAAGACUUGUGGUAUUGUUAAUGUAUCCUUCUUGGACGAGUUGCCAACCAUGUUAUAAUUCAGUUGUCCAUAUGUUAAAGGUAUAAUGCAUGUUGAAAAGAAUAUUUUAAGGAUUUGGAAAAUGAAGGAAUUGUUUUGUGUUAUCGUGUACAAAUUAAUUUCAUUGUUUUCAUAAAUGUUUGCUUUUGUGUCAACAAGAUUUUUUUUUUCUUUUUGAUGAACGUUAGUUGAAAUUUUCACAAUUGUCAAGCAACUUCAGAAAGUACAUUACUAUCAGACAUUAGUUAUAUGGUCAGAGAAUAAAGUUCCAAAACAUUAAGAACUUUGUUAUCAUUAAAUUAUUUAUCUUAUAAGAACUUUCAAGAGUUAGUAAUGGAAGUAAAACAAAAAAUCCAUGCGUUAAUUUAGAGUUGCAAAUUGAUAGUUCACAGAUAUACCUUUUAUAGGUGGAGUUGAACUUUUUGAAGACUUGAUUAUAUCCUGGAAUUGCAUUAAAACAUUAUAUUGUUUAACGGCAAUGACAGGUGGCAUAAUUCCACAAAUAGUACAUAUCUAGUAUUAAUAUAGGUAUUACUUUUAACAGAAAUAUUAAGUUUUUUCAAGAAUCAGCAAGUUUGAAUAAUCUUAAGUAUAAAAAUCGUAUACUGAUGCACAAAAGAAAUGCAACACUCGGGUCUAAUGGACUGAGUCAAAGGCUUUAAACAUAAUUACAAAAUGUGGACAAAACUACGGAUCAAAGAAGCAUGAUAAGUUUUCAGUAUGGAAUGUCACUCGAUGUCAAAUCGAAACAAUUACAAAGUUAGUAUUGGGUAUGACCUCCCUGAUCAUUAACCCAUUCAGUGCAUCUUGGACGUAUAUUUCCCAGUGCACUGGGAUAUGUAUAUACGUCCCAGCUGCAGUGAAUGAGUUAACACAAUUCUGGAAACAUUGGUACAUAACCUGAUCGUGCUCUAGAUAGACAGCCGGGAGAUGUUUUUCUACUCUUCCUCUGCAGCUGCAGCCAGCUGGAGAAAGUUGGCCAAUUGCAGUUGUCUCUAGUUGAUGAUGAGAUUGUCCCACAGACAUUCUAUUACACUUGAAUCAGAAGAAUAAGCUGACCAAAGCAAGACGUUUUACAUUGUUUUCUUGAAGUUGUGCCAUUGUAAUUUUAGCAUUGUAGGGUCUUGCAUUGUCUUUCUGUAGCCACUACAGUCUGAAAAUGAUUACACAGAUGGACGUGACACUCCUAGACUGGUGUAGUGACUCUCUGCCUUCCAGGAUGUGACCUCUACCUUAUAGAGCGAAUUUUUUGGUUUCUCUGGACUGCUUUGCUGAUUCUUGAAACAGAACAUUUCAUUUUCUGGGCAACUUUUCUCAUCGAUAAGCUGCCUUCAAUCAUGCAUUUAGCAACCAGGCAAUCUUCAUUACUCAAGUGAGGCAUUGUUGUAUCUUUGCUGUUCUUCUGUUGAUUAAAAUCGUAUCUUUUUAUAUGGUUAUUUAAACAGAUUCUUAAUCAACUCAUUUUGGCAAUUUGAACUCCAAUACCAAACAUUAAAUACCUGUUUUUAUGGAAUCACUUGACUUGAACUCAGGAUUUUCUUAUCCUAAGGUAAAUUACUAUUUAACCAAUAAACUUAUCAGCUCACCAUAAAUAAAGUUACCAGUGAGGUAUUAACGUAAACCUUAGACUGUUGCAUUUCCAUUGUGCAUCAGUAUAAAAUUUAAAUUGAGGAGAAGUGAAACCUUUCAUAGAACUUACUUAAUACUACAGUUUGAACCCAUCCAUAAUUCAGAGUUAACUUUUAGACCAGACUAAAACAAAUAAAUUUAGUUAAGGAUUGAUUUACCAUUACUUAUUCUUAGCAAAAGGAAGCAUUUUGAUAAGAAAGACGUGCUGAGGUCCACAAUGGGUAAAUACAAGUUUACUCCAUAACACGCACUCCACUUUGGGUAACUUUUCAGCACAGUUAUUAUUCCUUCAUAACAGACACCAUUCCUAACAAAUUACUUUCAAAAAAUUAUUAUUAUAAUUAGUCUAUCACGGUGAAGUGUUUUAGAUAUGCUUUUUGAUGAUUUACAUUUUUCUGUCUGUAUUAUUACCAGAAUUAAAUUAUUUAGAGUUUAUUUUUUGUAACUAUGCAACUACAUCCAGAGUGUAACAGUUUGCCAUUCACACUGAUUUGGUCGUUUUACGAAGAAAUAAUAAAAGUUCUCGAUAUUUCAGCUCAACUGAUUAACAAGGAUUGGACUUAGAAUUCUCUGGUUUUAUUUAUUGUAAUAAAUAUAUUUAUUAUGAUAACAUACUCUAUUUUACAUUGUUAUAUCAUCAUUAUUAUCACUUCAUAACUUUUCAGAAAGUGACAGCUCGGAUAUUCAAUUAAUAAAAAUUCAACAACACAUUGUUAGGAAAUAGUCUGUACAGUAAUAGAAAACAUAAACAGAGAUUAGUUAUAAUAAUCUUUAAUUUGUCAUAUAUAAUGGGCUAGUGUGAACAGGAACAUGAAACCCUGCUUUGAUGCUUUUAAGAUGAUUUAUCAACUCCCUCCUUAUGAAAAUAGAGGUUGUAGAGGAUCCAACCUGAAGUAAUAAACAGUUCAAUAUAUGUUGAAUCUCAGUACUGAAAGAC